AUGUUAUGGUAUCCUGCCGCAUACACUAUCCUCGUGCUUCCACUCUCUAUUGUGCCCGAUGACAUUUACGAUGAGGUUAACAUUCGGAAAGAAGCGACCAAGAUGUUAUGGUAUCCUGCCGCAUACACUAUCCUCGUGCUUCCACUCUCUAUUGUGCGAUGGGCCAAUCUCCGAGCGGUUGAGCUCAAGUGGGAUGUCGAUGGCAAUCGCGACGCUGUGUUCCAUGCGCUGUUCAGAUUAUCUGGGGUUAUUAACGUGAUACUGGUUUUGGCAACCCGACCGAACGUGCUGCUCUUCGGAGAUUAUCAUGGGGAGGAGGGCGACGAUUAUGCGGAGAACCAUUCUAACCUGAGUGGUAUGCACGGAAUCGCCCGAGUUGAAAGCGACGAUAGUCUAUGA